AUGUCGAAGCGACGUAUUGACGUUGGUGAUAGCAUGUCUGCUGUCAAAAAGAUGAUUAAGGAAGAGGAUACCAGUGCUGAUAAAAAGGAUGAUAAGACCGGCAAGCCUCAGUCAAUAUUUGAACAGUUCAACAUACCCCGACCAACACUCCAACUGAACCCGUUCACAGGACUACCCUUCACGCCCCGCUAUUAUGAUCUGUUUCGCAAGCGGUCCACUCUUCCUGUCUGGGAGUACAAGGAAAGAUUUGUUGACAUGGUUACAAAACAUCAGACUAUUGUGCUGGUCGGUGAAACUGGUUCUGGAAAGACAACCCAGAUUCCACAGUGGUGCUUGGAGUGGGUGAGGGCUCGCAAUCCCAAAAAGGGUGUUGCCUGUACACAGCCGCGUCGAGUGGCAGCCAUGUCUGUUGCACAGCGUGUCUCGGAAGAAAUGGAUGUGCGUCUAGGUCAAGAGGUUGGAUACAGCAUCAGAUUCGAAGAUUGCACAUCACAGAAAACAGUUUUAAAGUACAUGACAGACGGUAUGUUGUUGCGUGAAGCAAUGUCUGACCCACUGUUGGAAGCCUAUGGCAUUAUAAUGCUGGAUGAGGCUCACGAGCGCACCCUGGCCACAGACAUUCUCAUGGGUUUGCUGAAGGAGGUGGCAAAGCAGCGAUCCGAUUUGAAGAUCAUUAUAAUGAGUGCUACUUUAGAUGCUGGAAAAUUUCAGACAUACUUUGACAACGCUCCACUAAUGGCAGUGCCAGGCAGAACCCAUCCUGUAGAGAUUUUCUACACCCCUGAACCAGAGAGAGAUAACCUGGAAGCAGCCAUCAGAACAGUUAUACAGAUACACAUGUGUGAGGACACUGAAGGAGACAUGUUGCUCUUUCUUACUGGUCAAGAGGAAAUAGAUGAAGCAUGUAAGCGAAUUCACAGAGAAGUUGAAAAUCUGGGGCAGGAUGUUGGAGAACUGAAGUGUAUACCUCUGUACUCCACUCUGCCACCAAAUCUACAGCAAAGAAUCUUUGAAGCCCCACCUCCUAAAAAAGCCAAUGGUGCCAUUGGACGAAAAGUUGUAGUGUCAACCAAUUUAGCUGAGACAUCGCUGACCAUUGAUGGUGUGGUGUUUGUGAUAGAUCCUGGCUUUGCCAAACAGAAGGUGUACAAUCCCCGUAUCCGUGUGGAGUCAUUGCUGGUGACUGCCAUCUCCAAGGCUAGUGCACAACAAAGAGCUGGUCGAGCCGGAAGAACCAGGCCUGGGAAAUGUUUCCGUUUGUACACAGAGAAAGCAUACAAACAGGAGAUGCAAGAGAACACAUAUCCAGAGAUCUUAAGGUCAAAUCUUGGCACGGUUGUGUUGCAGCUGAAGAAGCUUGGUAUAGAUGACUUGGUUCAUUUUGAUUUUAUGGAUCCCCCAGCUCCUGAGACUUUGAUGCGUGCUCUCGAACUGCUGAACUACCUAGCAGCCCUGGAUGACGACGGUGAAAUUACUGAACUGGGGUCCAUGAUGGCCGAGUUUCCCUUGGAUCCCCAGCUAGCAAAAAUGGUGAUAGCCAGCUGUGACGACAAUUGCUCCAAUGAAGUUCUGUCCAUUACAGCAAUGCUUUCAGUCCCUCAGUGUUUUGUACGACCCAUGGAAGUGAAGAAAGCUGCAGAUGAAGCCAAGAUGAGGUUUGCUCACAUUGAUGGUGAUCACCUCACGCUGCUAAAUGUCUACCACGCCUUCAAGCAGAAUCAUGAAGAUCCUCAGUGGUGUUAUGAUAAUUUCAUUAACUACCGAUCCCUGAAAAGUGCAGACAAUGUUCGACAGCAGCUGGCCAGAAUCAUGGACCGUUUCAACCUGCGCAGAUCAAGUACAGAUUUCACAUCCCGAGAUUAUUACAUCAAUAUCAGGAAAGCACUUGUGUCGGGAUUUUUCAUGCAGGUAGCUCAUUUAGAGCGCACAGGCCAUUACCUGACCGUGAAAGAUAGCCAGGUAGUCCAGCUGCAUCCCUCAACAGUGCUGGACCACAAACCUGAGUGGGUCCUUUACAAUGAGUUCGUAUUGACCACCAAAAAUUACAUCCGUACUGUUACCGAUGUCAAACCAGAGUGGUUGGUCAAAAUGGCACCACAGUACUAUGAUAUGGCCAACUUUCCCAUGUGUGAGGCCAAAAGACAGCUGGAGAGAAUUAUUGCCAAACUCCAAAGUGGCAAGGGAGGAAACAUAUGA